CUCACAGGAAUAUCUUUUUAAGAUACUUGUAGAAAUUGUGUUUUCAGAAACAAUUAAAAUUCCAUAUUUUUAUACUCGCGAAGUUGUCGGCAAUAGUUGUGUUUCUUAAUUUUACAUUAACAGUGUACAACCAACCAUUUUAAAUAUUAAUUGGAAGCGCUUAGUAUAGCUUUCUUCUUCCAAUUUAUGAAAAUUUUAACAUUCUCGAAAUAUAUUAUAAUUUUUCCUUUUCAUUCUUAUUCUUAUUCCAUUCUCCUUGUCAAAGUUUCUUUUAUUUCCUCCCCUCUACCCUCCCCUGGAUCUUAUAUAAUGGUAACCCUCUAUCCUAAUCAAAUGAACUCAGAUAAUUAAGGCAUUCACUAGUAAGUACAACUGUUGCACUAUUAAUUCAGCCACAUGGCUUCCUUCAAACUAGGUCUCUACCUUCUUGUGGCUGUCUUUUCCCUCCACCUGCUUCCAAGUCCAGUCAUGUGUGGAGAAGAGGAGAAGACUCUGCUCCAUGACAUCAACACAUACAGAAAAAUCUUCAACCUCCCUGUCCUGGAGAAACGCAGCAAGCUCUCUUGCUUAGCUGAAAAGAUUGCAGACGACCUAGAUGAUCUUGAAGAUGAGAAAUGUGAAAACUUCUACCCUGCACCUGGAAGCUACUCUAAGCUCCCCAACUUCGAGAAGAGUGUUUCAAAAUGUAAGAUUAAUCUCAACACCACAAGUGGUGGUGUUGUUAUGCCUGUUUGUGUGCCCAAAUUGGACCCAGAUUAUCUGUUUUCCAACUACACCAAAUCGAGUCGGUUCAACAAGUAUCUGAACAAUUCAAGGUAUACAAUAGCAGGGGUUGGUUCUGAAGAUAAUUGGAUGGUUCUUAUUAUCAGUACUGAUACAGCUUCUGGAGAUUUCUCCUCUGCAACUUCUCUGCUUUCUGAAGCUUGGACGAGCCACUGCAUGCUAUUGGCCUUCUUCAGUGUGCUUGUUGUUCUCCUAAGCUAAAUUGAUUGUUAUCUAUGCUUCAUGUGGUGGGAUUUUUUUUAUUUAUUAUUGAUUUGAUUUCAAUUCAUUUUCUUUGUUACUGGGACAAAAUAUUCAUUUUUCUGUAAUUUUGUUUGUGCAUAUGGGGAAAUGUGACAUUGUUUUCUUGAUCCUGGACUUGUCUAAUGUAUUUGUGGAUCAUGUAUAUUGUGAUUUGAGCCCUCAGAAAAAAAUCUGUAUAUUGUGAUUUGACUGUCAAUAUAUUUGACCAAUAAAAUUUGGAGUGAUGUAUUUUUAAAAUUA